CGAUGUUGGCGCCGGACUGCAGCUCAGACUCUGGUAGUUUCAGCAAUCUGUUUGAGGCAGGAACGGCUGUGAACGCACCUGCAGAUGCCUUUGGUCAGUCUCCAGCUCACUUGGCUGCUUGUGGUGGUGAAGCUUUUUUCCUACUUUGGCAACUGCAGACAGGAGCAAAUUUGAACCAACAGGAUUGCCUUGGAGAAGCCCCAAUCCAUAAAGCAGCAAAAGCUGGGAGUUUGGAGUGUCUUGCUCUCCUUGUUGCUGGUGAUGCCAAAAUUGAUUUGUGCAACAACAGUGGACAGACAGCAGCAGACCUUGCACUGGCUUAUGGCUUUCUGGAAUGUGCCAAGUUCCUCACGACAAUUCAGCACACUCAGACAAUGAAACUGAGAGGACAGUCUGGCUACUCACUCAGUGACACACAUGGCUUGCUGAGAGAGGAUCCAGCCACACAGAAACAAGAAAGUGAAACCAGGACAUGCAUAAGCAGGAAGAGGAGAAGAUCAGAUGGUGUGUAAUACUGUUAGUUUAAUACAAUACAGAGUAUUUUAAAGUGCUUUUAGCAUCUAGGUAAAUAAAGCUGGUGUUAUACAGAGCAGUCAGAUUUAGAAGCCUGCUAGUAAGGAUGAACUUGCAUAGGUGGUUAAGGUCUUCUUGGAAACAGACAGUACAUGGGGAUGCCACUGAAAAGGCUACUUUAACACAGGAGAAAAAAAAUCAUAGGUACUCUUACUGGUGUACUGAUGAAGUAGCCCCAGACUUACCCUUCUGUGUUCAUGUGACAGAUCUUGUCUCCUAGCUGCCAGAAGAAACAGCCUGGAAUCCCAACGUGAAACAAGGGGAAUCCAAAGUCUGAAGAAACAUGACUAGAUGAUAC